AUGGAUGUUGAUUACUAUGUAUUCACGGAUGCUGCUAGGUUCAUUUACAAUGGUCAAUCACCUUACCUAAGAGCUACAUACAGAUAUACUCCUUUAUUAGGUUGGCUCCUGGUACCUACAGCUUGGCAGGCGGCUAAUGACUACUGGUUCGAGUUUGGGAAAGCGGUGUUUGUUGUGUGCGACUUGAUCACCGGCUAUUUGAUCCUACGCUUGCUCAUUUUGAUGCAUAAGGAUACCAAUUGGAGCCUAUUAUGGUUCUUUAACCCAAUGGUUAUAACGAUCAGCACUCGUGGUAGCUCUGAAAGUCUUUUAACCGCCGUGGUUAUGGCUGCCGUCUAUAGAGCGGUGCAAAGGAAGAACUGGCAGGCUGGAUUGUGGCUUGGUUUGGCCAUCCAUUUGAAGAUCUAUCCGUUUCUAUAUGUGCCCAGUAUUUUGCUUUUCAUAGAUGCCGGUCAACCGUUAUGGAAACCUAUUACGAGAGAACGAGUGAAGUUUCUUCUCGGCGUUUUGGUGACCUUUUGCGGGCUCACCUAUUUGAUGUUUCAUUGGUAUGGUCAGGUGUAUUUAGAUGAGGCAUUUCUUUACCAUCUGAUUCGACUAGAUCACCGCCACAACUUUUCGAUCUACAACAUCUCGUUGUACUUCACCUCAUUUACUGGAAAAUCUGCCCUUUUUGACGGUGGCUUUACAUUGGAGAAGAUGGCAUUUCUUCCUCAGUUGGCUCUUAGUGCUGUAUUGAUACCAUUGAGACUUUGCUACGGAAACUACAAACCAGAGGUACUUGUUUCAUCGCUAUUCAUUCAGACAUUUACCUUCAUAGCAUUUAAUAAGGUGAUUACGUCUCAGUACUUCGUAUGGUUCAUGUGUUUCUUGCCAGUAUAUUUGUCUCUGAGCACUAUUUCCUUGUUCAAAGGCGUAAUCCUUUUGGCAGGAUGGAUAAUUACUCAGGCUUUAUGGUUGUAUUAUGGAUACAGACUAGAGUUUCGAGGAGAGUUCGAUUUAUUCUACAGUGGAUUGUGGACCAGUGCGACUGCCAUGUUCAUAUGGAAUUGUGUACUGAUUGCCGAGUUUAUACGGGAUGUUACCAGGAAGGUUAAAAGGGAUUGA